AUGGUGUGCGAAGGUAUCGACAUACCAGCGAUACGAUUGGUUUUGAUGGUCGGGUACGUUCCGAGUGUGCCGACCUACAUCCAGAUGGCUGGGCGGUUGCGGAGCAGCGGGGUGUGCAUCACACUGUGGAAUAAGGCGUGUCUUUAUCAGGAGUCGAUAAGUGUGUUUGAGUCGGGGAGAAUGAUAAGCGAGUUUUAUGGGUUGGCGGAGGAAAGUACACAGGAAAUGGCUCAUGACACUGGUCAUAUUAGUUUGCAGAUUCCUACCCAAGAAAGCACUAUGAACACAUCUUCUCUCCCAACAUCUCCGAUUUUCACACAGGAAACCUCCUUUGAGGCUAGUCAAAGCACCUCUCAGCUUAACCCCCCUCCCGCUGCUCUGCGUAUCCCAAUUCAUAAGGGUUCUCACCAUGCGACCACACACCUCCUGCUCUCUCCAAGAGACGCUCAAGUCUCACUUCAAUGGCGUUCCCGACUUGUUCGCAUACCUGCAGAUCCCAUGUUCACAGGUCUAUACUCUCUACAACAUGGACCACCGGUAUUUCAACUUUCCCUUGGCGCAAGACGCAGGAGAGUUUGUAUGCAAGUACUGUCUGAUGAAGACAGACACGUGCUUGUGCUGGGACAAGACGACGUCGAUCGCACGGCUGGGUCAGGAUGCUCUUUGGAUUGCGCGAAUGGUGUGCAGCGAUCAGGAGUACCAGGCAUGGGAGCGAAGGUGUAG